AUGGCGGGGCCCCCGGCCCUACCCCCGCCAGAGACGGCGGCCGCCGCCACCACGGCGGCCGCCGCCUCGUCGUCCGCUGCGUCCCCGCACUACCAAGAGUGGAUCUUGGACACCAUCGACUCGCUGCGCUCGCGCAAGGCGCGGCCGGACCUGGAGCGCAUCUGCCGGAUGGUGCGGCGGCGGCACGGCCCGGAGCCCGAGCGCACGCGCGCCGAGCUCGAGAAACUGAUCCAGCAGCGCGCCGUGCUCCGGGUCAGCUACAAGGGGAGCAUCUCGUACCGCAACGCGGCGCGCGUCCAGCCCGGAGGCGCCGGCGGCCGCCUAACCCGCGGCCGCGUGCAGGGCUUGCUGGAGGAGGAGGCGGCGCGGGGCCGCCUGGAGCGCACCCGUCUCGGAGCGCUUGCACUACCCCGCGGGGACAGGCCCGGACGGGCGCCGCCGGCCGCCGGUGCCCGCGCUUCUCGGAGCAAGAGAGGUGGGGAAGAGCGGGUGCUUGAGAAAGAAGAGGAGGAAGAUGAUGAUGAUGAAGAUGAUGAUGAAGACGAUGUAUCUGAAUGCUCUGAGGUGCCAGAGGGAGACCGUCCUGCAGGUGUCCAGCACCACCAGCUUAAUGGCGAACGGGCCUCUCAGAGUGUCAAGGAGAGGGUCAAGGAGUGGACACCCUGUGGACCCCACCAGGGCCAAGAUGAAGGGCGGGGCUCAGCACCCAGCAGUGGCACCCGCCAGGCCUUUUCUAUGGCAGCCAUGAAUAAGGAAGGGGGAUCAGCCUCUGCUGCCACUGGGCCAGAUUCACCGUCCCCUGUGCCUUUGCCCCCAGGAAAACCAGCCCUACCGGGGGCUGAUGGAACCCCCUUCAGUUGUCCUUCCGGCCGUAAGGAGAAGCCCGCUGACCCCGUGGAGUGGACAGUGAUGGACGUGGUAGAAUAUUUCACUGAAGCCGGCUUCCCUGAGCAGGCCACAGCUUUCCAAGAACAGGAAAUCGAUGGCAAGUCUUUGCUGCUCAUGCAGCGCACUGAUGUUCUGACCGGCCUAUCUAUCCGCCUUGGUCCAGCCCUGAAAAUCUAUGAGCACCACAUCAAGGUGCUGCAGCAAGGCCACUUUGAGGAUGAUGACCCUGAUGGCUUUCUAGGCUGA